GUAUUUCAGACAUGGCGGUGGGGAGACAAUAAGUCAAGGUAUAUUGGGGAAAUAGAUAGAAGAGGUAGGGGGAAAUAGAGGAGGAAGAAGUGAAAUUAGAGGUCACAGGAGGAAGAAGGAAAGGUGGAGGCAGACGCAAUCAUUAGCACUUAUCCAGGAGGCAGAAUGGGGGACUCUGCUGCAGCUUCUCUCCUGGCUGAGAGCAGCUCUCUGGCCCCCAGCACUCUGGAGCGAGCCACCCUCACUGGCCGCUCCACUGCCCACACCACCAGGACCACCAGCUGUGAGCGUGAGAGUCCCCCCAAGAGGACAGAGGCCCAGCGUGGGGAGAGCACUUUCUUUUGGGGCCUGGUAGUGGUGCUACUGCUUCUUGCUUCGGGGAACCUCCUCCUCACCUUCUUUGCCAUGGGUGUGCUGCGUCUUGGCUAUGGCAUGGAGAGCAUUGAGCUUCUCCCCGGCACACAAACAACCAAGUUCUAUGGAAAUGCCAACUUAGGAAAUAUUAUCAAGAAAGAUGGAAUCAUUUAUGGCUACUCUGAUUCAGAGUUUUCAAUUAAUGGAGAUGACAGCAAGGUUUCUCUUAGUUUGAGGACCUCCAGCAAACCUCCUGUGAUAGAUGUAGGACCAGAGAAAAUAGAAAUCAAGAGUGUGGACAAAUUUAAGGUGGUUGAUCCAGGCUCAGGGACACCUGUUUUCUCCACUGACUAUCCAAACUUUGGCUUACCCCGGGGUGUGAAGAACCUCAAUGUGAGACGAAGCAGCACUGCCAGAGUCACCAGCCCCACCUUCUCUGACCUCAAGAUUGAAUCUGAAUCUACAAUUCGACUGAGAGGAAAUGAAGGAAUGACACUUGAUGGGGGAAAGUUGACAUGGUCAGCUGAUCAAGACAUAUACAUGAAAAGCCUCAAUGGCUCUAUCCUGCUGGACACUGGGAAGGGCAUCAUGGUGGAUGUCAAUGCCCUUCCCUUGGCUGGCCCUCCAGACCCUGGCAAGGACCGUGGGCAGUAUAAGCUGUGUGUGUGUCUGCCUCAGGGACAGCUCUUCAGGGUCCCUGUGCCUGUGGACAACAACCGGCGCAGUGCUGCCACUCAGAUACACUGUGCAAGCUUCAACAAUCCUUGUAGCAAGAUGUGAAUUAUGUCUGUGCCAACCUGAAGUUUCUGAGUUAUGUUCAAGGGUUGCAUCAUUACAAUCUAGUCCUAGAUUAGCAGUAUUACAUAGUUAAUUGUUUUAGAGAUGUUAAAACAAAUCACCAAGAACUUUGUUUAUUUAUUGAAACAGAUUUUAUAGGUAAACAUUUUUUUUUAAGAGUGCAGCUUUAAAGCUUCCUAAUGGUGAUGGUAUUUAUUAUCUCUUUAUAUGUUGUCAGUAAGGAGCAAUGCACCCAGAGCUUGUGUAGAUCAGGGCCUAGGCAAAGCAGGUGUGCCUGUCACCUGCUCUACUAUAUACUGUUGGAUUAAACAGGGAUCCCCAAGUUUUAGUUUGAUCUGUUAAAGCUAGUCAUGUAACUAUUCUAGUCACAACUGUAAGGAAAUCCAUAAAGUAAAGCACAACAUUUCACAACUUUAAACAGUUUUAAACUAUUGAAUAUUACAACAGUUCUCUUUGGGAUUAAGUUUCCAUACAUGCUGUACUUAAUUGAAACUUAAUAUAUACUUUGAUUCAAAAUCAAACCAAAGACUUAAGUCAUAGUUAGCAGGUUGUGAUGGGUUACAGGUUACUACUGUAAGUGUUAAAAAUAGAUAAGUUAAUGUAGGCACUUCUCUAAACACCCUUAGUCAACCUUUGUCUUCUUAUUCUGAUAAGGAGACUCAAGUUACCUUAAACUUUAUUGUGUAUGAUUAAGGAAUUUCAAGAAUAUAAUACACCAUCCUCAACCAACAACCUUAGCUUAAUUUUAAAAUCUUGCUGAAUGUUUCCAUACAUUUCAUUGCAUAUGCAGAGGUUCUGAGAUGAGUACAGUCCAGUCAGUUUCCCUGAUUAUUAUUUCAUCUUCCUUCAUUAGUAGCCUCAGUGUAAGUGAACCUUUGCAUUUAGUAUUACAUAAUAUGUUUCAGCAUUUAACAAGCACUAGAGCAACUGCUGCUUUUGCCAUCCUGUUCUUCUACUGGUGAAAACUAUUGCUGUAAUGACUGUAAUGUUUGCAGACUGGACUGGCCUUGUUUUCUGCUCAUACUGCCGUGUUUGUCCCCAGUGAAAGGGAUCAAACCAAGGUGGCACCAUCAAUACUGUCUUUUUGAUCAUACCCUUGACCUCUAUCAUAGAUAUGUAAGGAAGGUAAUGACUGAAAUAUGAUAAAUACACUUGAAAGACAAGUCCAUCUCACACCAGGGUAUGUAAUGAACUUAAAAAGAAAAAAAGAUUGUUACUUAAUUUUAUCACAGCCAACAUAUUCAAUUCAAUUAUAUUUAAGGAAAAUUGUGGCUUUGUACCCUCUCAUAUACUUGUCAAAGAACUUUUAAGUGAGUGAGAACCAGAACCAGCUCUAGAUCCAGCACUACAUACACACAGUGCAACCUUAGUUUAGAAUGUUCAUAAAAGCACAAAGUAACCUGUAAUUAAUAGCAUAAAUGUGUUACCGAAGCAAAAUCUGUAGUGGUGUAGCACUGACAGCUGCUAGUAUUAACUUUAGUUCACUGUCAGAUGUGUAGAUGAUUCAAACACCUGCAAUACAUUCUAUAAACAUAUCACCAAUUGCUACAGUGGGUCAGGAACAUGCUACUGGUAACUGACAAGACUGCAUCAUAAUUUGAGAAAAAUAAAUUGAACACACUAACAUGCUCUUCCAUCGACCAGACAGUCAAGCCAGCCUGAUGAGCCAGCUUGUUUGUCUGUACAUAUGUUUGCAUGAUGGAGAUAAACGAAGAAGUAUUGUUAUCUGUCUACUCUGCUAGAUUUAACCUUACUCUAAUAAUAUUAAAUAAAAAUAUAAAAUAAAUUA